AAAUGGCAACUGCCAACGCUCAAGAAGGAAACUCCUCCCUGUUGACAGCACGUUCCGUCCCCUUCUCAGCGCAAUGGUUUCUUGGAUAAUCUCUAGACUUGUGGUGCUUGUAUUUGGCACACUAUAUCCUGCAUACUCCUCAUACAAAGCUGUCAAGUCAAAGGAUGUGAAGGAAUAUGUGAAAUGGAUGAUGUACUGGAUCAUAUUUGCACUAUUCACCACCAUGGAAACCAUCACGGACAUAUUUAUCUGUUGGGUUCCUUUCUAUUAUGAGCUGAAGAUUGCCUUUGUGGUAUGGUUACUGUCUCCUUACACAAAGGGGUCCAGUGUUCUAUACAGGAAGUUUGUUCACCCGACACUAUCUUCAAAAGAGAAGGAUAUUGAUGACUAUCUCUGCCAAGCAAAGGACAAAAGCUACGAUACUCUGGUGACUUUUGGGAGGAAAGGUUUGAAUGUAGCAGCCACAGCUGCAGUCCUGGCAGCGACAAAGAGCCAAGGAGUACUGUCAGAUAGACUACGAAGUUUCAGCAUGCAUGACUUGUCCGCCUACCAGUCCGACCCAACUGAGGUGGACUCUGGAUCUGUCCCGAGUCAGUCUGCAGCUGGACAACAGAGGGCCAGGACCAUGAUGCGCAGCAAGUCAGAGAGUGGCUACACCAAGGGGCAGGAUUUGGACAUGACUGAGUAUGAGGUGUUGAGAUUCGACCAGUGUGACACCAAGGAGCUGCUGUCCCACGCUAUUACACCCCCCAAACCCACACUCCCUCCUUCACCCUCCCUGACCCCCCAGCCCUCUCCACCUCCAUCCCUUGCACCCCCAGCACCAGAGCAGACUGAGGACAUGGGGGGGGAAACGUCAACAAGCACCCCACAGCUCAGGCUGAUUAAGAGGAAGGCGCCUGAGCCUCCUCCUAGGGACAUAAGACCUCUCACAAGAUCCAGGACUGCCCAGCUGCCUUCAAACAGAGAAGCCAUGUGAUUUUGUGUGAAUGCUCCCAAGACCACUUUAGCUGCAAGGAGAAGAGGGUAAAUAAGGAAAUGUGGCUAAAAGCUAAAUGCAUAAAGCAGCCUUGUUUUAGAAUAAGGAAACCAAAGUGACUUGUGACCCUCUAUCUUAAUAUAUAUGACAUCUGGCACGUACUGUACUGUAAAGGAGACAGAUGGUGGGUGCCAUCAAGGUAGCACUCAAGAGUGGGCUCCAUACCUUACAGACAUUUGGAUUGACUUGUCGGUCAUUGAAUAUGUUUUUGUAUGUAUGUAAAGUGUGUGUAUUUAUCAUUAAUAGUUUUUUUAUAUACUAUGUUUAGAGACAAAUGCAUGUAUGUGUCUCUGGUCAUUAGUGUCAUAAAACAGAAUGUAUUGUUACUUACAUCUUUUUGUGGCUACUUGGUCACUGUUUGAGGUAGCAUCAGUCAUCAGGAGCGUAGCAGGGUGAAAUACUCCGUAAUGAAGGAUAUGGUUGUCCACUCCCUCUCUUGGGUUUGUAGGGAGAGCUUUAACCUGGCAAACACAAUCUGUACUGACAAUUUAACAGGACACAGAAUAUUGAAAUGAAUGGUCCUGUCAGGUUAGUAUUAUGAGAUAAAAUAGCAGUGGUAGGACUUUUAAAAAUGCUGAUUAUUAUUAAUCAAAUGCAAGUAAGGGCUCUAUUCAGUCUGUAUCGCUGAAGCAUUACAGAUUGUGCGAUAGAAAUGUGAAGGUAAUAUCUGAUUGAGCCGACAUAUUUAUCGUGAAUAAAGUCUUCACUAACGUGGGAACAUUGUCUUUAAAUUUAAAUCACGCUGUAACGCUGAACUUCCACGAUACGGAUUGAAUAGAGCUCUUUACAUUUGCUUUUAAAGCCUUAAAUCAUUCAAAUAAAACAUUGAGUACCUGGUACUACAGAAACAGUAAUAUCAGUACUUGUAUUUCUUGCAAAGAGCACUAAAACAUCAUGAAAAACAUAACUAUGACUGUCAUUGACUAUUGGCACUAUCCACUAUGUUCAGAGUUACUGCAACUGUUCCAGUACCAUGAAAUGGCAACAAAAAAGAACUUCAGAAAUGUAAAAAUGUUUUUUUCCUUUUUAGUUCACUGAUCACCAUGUUAUUUAUCAUUACCAAAAUUAUUAUUAUAUGGGAUUAGUUAGUAUUCAAAUAAAGAAAUUGCUCUAUGGGGUAGAAAUGUUGACAAUCGACUUUUCAAUCUCAUAACUUAUCUGGCAUUCAAGUCUGUCAUUCAAUUGUUUUGUAAAAGUUUGUGUUAUUCAUGCCUUAUUGAAAUCACUAUACAUUUGAGUAUUUUCCGGUUUAGCACACAAAACAUGAUUUGAAGUGUAUAGCUAUUGUAUAACAAAAGAUAGCCAGUGGCGAGAGCUAUAUACUCUGGUCCUUCUCAGAGUCUAAAAACACUGUGCAAUACUCUGCUUUCACUGAGAAAUUGUCAACUCACACUUCUUACUCAAAACUCAUUUUUCAAUGUAGCCACAACUGUCGACCUGUCUUUUCCCAGCCAUUAUGAACAGAUUAAUGACUAAUUCUUCUCUAAGACCUGCCUGUUGCUUAUAUCUAUGAGGGCAUAGCAAUUACACUAUAGUUGGGCAGGUUCCUAACCUUUUGUAAAUUACAUGAAUAUCGGGAGUGUUUUUGCCAAUAGUAGUAACAAAGGUGAGUGACAUACGGUCUUUAAAUGAACGUUUCUGCACUGUAGGUAUGUGAAUUCACUUAGAUUGAACCCUCUUGGCUAUUACACAAUACAUCACUGAAUCUGUGAAUUAUACUUGGGGUUUGGGCAGAAUUCUGCCCAACAUUUUAGUUCACUGUUCUCAAUACAUAAAUUAAGGCUUCUCAGGUGUGUGUUCAGUUUACAUCAAAUUCUAUCACUUUCUGGUAAAAAAAAGAUUUUGGUAUACACUUGUUUGCACAUGGAAUUAUCAGAAAGAGGUUCCUUCUAAUGGGCAGUUUUCAUGUGGCACAAUUUUUUAAAAUCUUUGUUGCAACUUUAGUAGUUUUUGUGUUGGAAUGUGAUUGCCCUUUCAAAUAAAACAGAUCAAAAUAAAGUUAAUCAUGUUUUUGUUGCUAUCUAGCAGCACACAGAUCAAUAAACGAAAGUCAUCAUAUGAAAAUGAUUUCCUACAGAGCAUUGGGUGAAUUAGUUUAGUUUUUAUUUGCUUCAGUGAUUGCCUUGACGAUUUUACAAUGAUUCUGAAGUGCCGAAUAUUUUUUUCAAUAUUCUUUUGAAGCACUUUGUGGCAAGGUCAGGAGAGUUAUUCUCAUGGACAAAAUACACGUUUCCACAACCUUGAGUCAAAUAAAUUGCAUUAGAAACAUGUCUGACUGAUGGCCUCAGAGUAAAAAGUACCUUCUGGCAGACCAGAAUCUCCCAUGAUACUCAAACCUUAUUGUGAAUUUCUGAAAAAAGAUGACAGACCGGAAUGAGCUAAAAUGACAUGUGCUUUCUCUGUAUCAUCAGUGUUUCUGUUGGUGACAGCCAAUAAAUAUGAGACAAUGUGACA